CUGUUUUAAAAUAGCUGCGUCUGUGUUUCCAGCCCUGGGUUGUGGCGUGCGUGUGACGGCUGCCGAGUGGGCACGGCUGGAUGGGAAGCGGGCUGUCUGUCGCCUGGCGCGCUGAGUGCUGGAGCCAUUAGCGGCACUCGCAUCGAUCCGUGCAUACAGAUACGCCUGGCUAGGCCGCGGGUGCGCGCAGCGAGCGCACAAACUGCGCGUGGAGCGGCGUUAGAAAUGCGUUAUCACACGCGCUGUUAGCUUCACGGGGGCGAAGCGGGAAAGCACCUUGUUCACGAGUCUACAGAUGAUCUCUGGAGCUGCCGCGGCAUCCUUAGGCUUCUGUUGUCACUCUAGAGCAAAAGCAAUGAGAGGACAAAGCUCGCGACGAGUGACUGGUUAAAUGGAAGCCAUUCCUGGGAUCUGGAUGGUUUCUACUGAAGCAGACUUUGCAUAGCAGCUCCAUCACCUCAGGAGGUUGCAAUGAGUGGAGGAGGGGAUCAGCCUGACAUCCUCAGUGUGGGAAUAUUGGUCAAAGAAAGAUGGAAAGUGUUGAGGAAAAUAGGAGGUGGAGGAUUUGGAGAAAUUUACGAUGCACUGGACUUGCUUACUCGGGAAAACGUUGCACUAAAGGUCGAAUCAGCUCAGCAGCCAAAGCAAGUGCUGAAAAUGGAAGUAGCUGUGUUGAAGAAGCUGCAAGGAAAAGAUCAUGUCUGUAGAUUCAUAGGAUGUGGACGGAAUGAUAGAUUUAACUAUGUGGUCAUGCAAUUGCAGGGUCGGAACUUGGCAGACCUGCGUCGUAGCCAAUCUCGAGGAACAUUUACCAUUAGUACCACUCUGCGGCUUGGGAAGCAGAUUUUGGAAUCUAUUGAAAGUAUUCAUUCUGUGGGAUUCCUGCACAGGGACAUAAAACCAUCAAACUUCGCAAUGGGACGUUUUCCAAGCACCUGUAGGAAGUGUUUUAUGCUGGAUUUUGGCUUAGCACGGCAAUUUACCAACUCCUGUGGGGAUGUCAGACCACCACGAGCUGUUGCUGGUUUUCGAGGAACAGUACGAUACGCAUCAAUCAACGCUCAUAGAAACAGAGAAAUGGGUCGGCAUGAUGACCUCUGGUCUCUCUUCUACAUGUUGGUGGAAUUUGUAGUUGGCCAACUGCCUUGGAGAAAAAUAAAAGAUAAGGAGCAAGUGGGCUCCAUUAAAGAAAGGUAUGAACACAGACUUAUGUUGAAACACCUUCCUCAAGAAUUCAACGUCUUUCUGGAUCACAUUUCUAAUUUGGAUUACUUCACAAAGCCUGAUUACCAGCUUCUCAUGUCUGUGUUUGACAACAGCAUGAAAACAUUUGGGGUUAUUGAAAGCGAUCCUUUUGACUGGGAGAAGAGUGGCACUGAUGGCUCUCUGACAACAACAACAACUUCAACCACCCCCCAGCUGCACACUCGUCUUACGCCAGCUGCAAUUGGAAUUGCCAAUGCCACUCCUAUCCCAGGAGAUUUGCUGCGGGAAAAUACAGAUGAAGUAUUCCCUGAUGAGCAGCUCAGUGAUGGAGAGAAUGUUAUUCCCGUUGGUGUAUCACCAGAGAAACUACCUGGAUCGCCUGGACAUCAGCGUCCUCAGGAAAAAGAUGUUUGGGAAGAAAUGGAUGCCAACAGGAACAAAAUAAAACUGGGGAUCUGUAAGGCUGCUACAGAGGAAGAAAACAGCCAUGGACCAGGGAAUGGAAUGCUUAAUGCCCCAAGUCUUGGUUCUCCAAUUCGAGUUCGCUCAGAGACCACCCAGUUAGACAGAGAUGUUCCACUGGUGCGAAAGUUACGUUCCAUUCACAGCUUUGAACUGGAGAAGCGUAUGACGUUGGAGUCUAAGCCCGACACUGAUAAGUUUCUUGAGACCUGUUUGGAGAAGAAGCAGAAAGACUUGAAAUUGGCAGAGGCUGCUGCUGUUCCUCCUCUUUCUCAGAAAACAUCUGUUCCUGCUCCUGUGACUGCCCGCACAGACCAUGUUUGGCACUAUGAUGAAGAGUAUCUUCCAGAUGCUUCAAAGCCCAUGUCAGCUAAUUCUCCUGACCAUGCUGAUGGUGUUAUGAGCAAUGGAUUUGUAGCUGUUAACCUAAGCUCCUGCAGGCAGGAGGUUGAUUCUAAGGAAUGGGUGAUAAUAGAUAAGGAACGGGACUUGCAGGACUUCAGGACAAAUGAGGCUUUAGGGCACAAAAUGACUGGAAGUCCCUCAGAUGAAGAGCCAGAGGUACUACAAGUUCUAGAGGAGCCUCUUCCUGAAGAGCAAUCCAGAGAGGGUGGUUGGGCAGGAAACAAUGUCCAUGCCAAGAACCAAACUUCAGGGGUGGAGUUUGUUCUAGACGUGGAAUGUCAUCCUGCUGCGUCUGAACAGCUUACAGAUAAAUUGGAACUUCUGUCUGGAGCUGCAGGACAGCUUCUUGCAGCCACUCCUACAAGUCCUAUGGAAGCUCAAGCAGAAGGAGCACUCACUCCGCUCAACUCAUGUCAUAUGCUGCAUUUCUCCACUCCAAGAAUUUCAAGUCCCAUCCUCCGCACCAUGAGUCCUAUAGCCUAUCUGUCCAUCCACUUGGACCCUCUGAGGGAGGCUGGUUUACCAAGGAGUCAGUCAGCUGAGAGCCACUCCUCUUCCUCCCGCUCAACUGGCCGUAGGCAGCUUCCUGUCAUUCCCUGUGGCAGCAAGUUCCCCCCUGCCAUUCGCAUCUCAAAAGCACAGCUUGAGCAGAUAACAAUACCCAGACCUUCAGUGGCAUCUACACAGUCUGCUUCAGAGAGCUUUCACUAUGGCCACCCACUAGAGAGAAGAGAGCAGGAUGGUCAGUCUGUGGAACACACCGUGGAACUUUCCUCUCCAAAGGAAAAUUUGCCAGGCUUGGUUGGGCCAGAAGAUGCACUUCCAGCUAGUGCCAGCAGACCAGAUUUGAUGCUUAAUAUUAGCCAAGAGGUGCUUGACAGGGAAGGACUUGUCAAAGAAUCUGUCAAUGUCCUGGACUGUGACCAGAAGGGCCUACUUGAACACAAUGGGAUACAGGAAGAGAAAGAACUUGGAAAUAUUCCUGUGGAGGAGGCUGAGGAAGAAGGGCUUCCAGUGGUUUCUGAGGAUGCCGUUGAAAUGCUAAGCAAAGAACAGAAUUCUUCUUUGCCAGGAAACUCAAAAUCUGCAGAGGAGGAACCUCUAACAAAUACAGAAGCAGCUCAAGAAUCAAAGUCAAGGCCUGUCUGUUUGAUGCCAAAUCAAGAUGAGGUUCUGAAGUCAAUAGCUCCUAAAACGACAGAAUUGUCUCCCUCAAGACUUAAUAAUGCACAUGUUAAUAGACAGGCAAGCAAAAUAGCUACUGUUCAGGAAAAUGGUUUUCAUUCUGAUAAGGAAGAAGCCCAUAGCCAAGACUUGAAAUGCCAUCAAGUGGCCCUUACUACUAUUUUGCAGCAGGAGAAUAAAAAAGAGAAAAAUGCUCCCAGAAAUGGAGAGCUAUUCCACUGCAUUUCAGAAAAUGAGAGCUCUUAUCGAUCUAAGAAGGACUCAGUAAAAUCCUCUUUUGUAUUCAGGCAGAGUCGAAUCCCGGUUUUAGCACAAGAGAUAGACUCAAUGUCAGAUUCCUCUUCUGUUUCCGCCAAGGAAAAGCUUCUUCUAAAAAAGGCCCAUCAGACAGACUUGGUCAAAUUGCUUAUGGAAAAGAGACAGCUCAAAUCUUUCCUUGGUGACCUCUCAAGUGCCUCUGAUAAGUCACUGGAGGAAAAAAUGGCUGCUGCUCCAGUACCGUUUUCUGAGGAUGAUGUCUUAGCUUCAUUUUCUAGAUUGACACUGGACUCUCAUUUCAGCAAGCAGAAUGAAGAUAGCUCUUUAUCUCCAAGCAGCCCUCAGUCCAGAAAAAGCAAGAUUCCAAGGCCAGUGUCUUGGGCAACAACUGAUCAAGUCACCAGUUCAAGCUCAGCUCAGUUCUUUCCUCGGCCACCACCAGGAAAACCGCCUACUAGACCUGGGGUAGAAGCUAGGUUGCGCAGAUACAGAGUCCUAGGCAGUAGCAGCUCGGACUCAGAUCUUAUCUCUCGUCUGGCUCAAAUCCUGCAGAAUGGAUCUCAAAGACCAAGGAGUUCUACCCAGUGUAAGAGUCCAGGAUCUCCACAUAGUCCAAAAACGCCACCCAAGAGCCCUGUCAUCCCCCGCCGCAGUCCCAGUGCCUCCCCUAGGAGCUCUUCUUUACCCCGUACUGCCAGCUCUUCUCCGUCCCGGGCUGGGAGAUCCCAUCAUGAUCAGAGGAGUUCAUCCCCACAUUUUGGGAGGAGUAAAUCACCCCCCAGCCACUCAGGCUCCUCAUCUUCUAGGAGGUCCUGCCAACAAGAGCACUGCUGCAACAAAACUAGCAAGAAUGGUCUGAAAGGUUCUGGUAGUUCUUUCCACCAUUCCCCAAGCACUAAGACUUCCACAGGAAAGAGCAAAUCAACUACUAAGCUUAGCAGAUAGGAACUGGGCCUUGACAGGUAUAAAGUCUCCUCCUAAAUCUGAUGCAUGUUGUGUCUGUGUAUUGUGUAUUUAAAAAAAUAAUCAAAAAAGUAUAUUAAAAAAAGGUGUUGAAUCUGCACAUUUUAAAGAAAGUAGCCAUUGUAAACUAUUCAUGAGAAAGCAUUCUGUGUAAAUAAGUGGCCAGGCUUUGCCUUAGAGCAGGCAGCAAGCAGAUCUAAGAGAUGGGAAGUAGAGGCCAGAAUCAGAAUGACUGGGUAGUCAAAGAGGUGCAAUGUAUUUAGAGUGAAAAGGUAUCUUGAAGGUGAGUGUUUUGAAACUAUAUUAAUCUCAAUGUAUUUAGUUUCCCUAGUUAGAAAAUUUGGUCUAAUGAUUUAAGGCCUUACAUACUCAAGGAGUAUGUAAGAAAAUCCGAAACGGUUAUUCCCAAAGUGAUGUCACCACUCGGGAGAUAAGUACUGCUCAAGCAUUUCUUUGCAGUUUUCAAAAAGCACACAGUUUAGAAAAUUAUAUUUCUACCUUUUAAAUUUCUUCCAUUUUGAGCUGCACUCACCUUUGAGUCACUGGGUGCUCAUUUUGCUCUACCAUGGCACAAAUUUUUUACCUAAGUAUCAUAUACCUUAUCCCUUCUUUGACACUGAUGAAAUUUUAAAAAGUAAUGUUUGACAAGAGGUUUUUGUACCAAUAUUAUUUAGAAAUUUGUUUAGCAGUAAUUAGGAUCCAAUAAGCUGAUUCUCAGUUCUAUGUCAUACAGUUUUUUGGGAGUCAUGGUGGGAUUCUUCAAACCACAUUUGGUAGGAUUUGGAAAACCAUUCCUUCCUAAGAAAUGAGAGAAAGGAGUAGAUGUAUGUACUUCACUGGAUGUUGCAGAUUUACAGCAAAAUGCAAUGUAAUCUAGAAAAUAAGAACCUUUCUUUACCCCCUUAAGUCAACUGAAAAGAGAACCUUCGUUAUUGCUGACUUCUGUUUUCCAUUAGUUAUUGUCAUUAUUAGUGAUAUUAGUUAUCACUUAAACCACAGAUCUUACAAUGCAGAGAUGAUUACCAAUCAAGAUUUGUAUUUUCGUCAUUUGUUUUCUAAAAUCAUUUGUAAAUCUAAAAUCAUGAAAGAUGAAACAGAGAUGUGGAGAUAGUUUAGGGGUGAUGGAAAUGUACUUAAUACCCUUACAAAAUCUGAGUAAGAAUAUUAAUCAUCAAAGCAAAAUAUAUGGAAGGAAAUCUAAAACAUUUUUAAAAUUGGAUUCUUGUCCAAUUCUGGAUUCUGUUUCCCAAAUGUGUUUUUGAUAGCCAAGCUUUGUUGACUCAGUAAAGUCCAUGGUGUUUAAUUCCUCCAAUUUUAUUAGGUAAUUACUUAGUAACAUUUUUUUCUCUGCAGGGACUCUGUAGGGAAUGAAAGGUAGGGUACCUUUUGCUAUAUUCAGAAAAGUGUAGUGGGUUCAGAAUAGGGACACACAAGAACACAAGCCUGAGAAAGAUGCAGCCAGCUUUCCUCCCUAAUGAUUCCUGUUAUGGGGACUCUUGGAUGCAUAGGAGACUUGUCAAUUACUGAUCUGCUUGCUGUAGUCAUAUGCCUCUCCAGCCAGCAUCUGUGCUUUUUUAUUUAACUUCUGCCAAAUGAAUACCUUUGGAUUAAAAAGGGAAUAUUUUGUCUCUGAGCUAACACAUUCUAAUGCUGCAUUAAAGCUGCCCUAGAGCUGCACUGAAUUUCACUUGCUUUGUCAGACUAUGUUGAUUUUUUUCGUUUCUUACUAUGACUAUGUAUAUUGUUUCCCAUAUGUAAUGUAGCACAGUGUGGAACCUUAAUUUCAUUCAGGUUUCAAGCACUACAGAUGAAUGCAAUAGGUAGGGUAUACCUGCUUUUUCUGAAGAAACUGUACCAUUGGAAAGUCCUAUUCCUUUGUAUUAUAUUGUAUAAUAGGUGCUAUACCAAUAACUGCAUGUCCUCAUGGUAAAUUAUAUAAUAUAAAUAUUUAUAUAUACAUAUAUGUAUAUGCUUAUAUAAACUCAUUCUUUCUCAUUUUUCAUUUGUAAUUUAUGGACAACAAAUAAUACAGUUCCCUUUCUGUUAGUUCCUGUAUACUUACCUCUUCUAUUCUCCCCCCCACCCCUGCCAAAAAAUUCUGGAAUGCACAAAUUCUAAUAGCCUUUAUACUUGGUACAAAAUUGAAGGACUGCUGAUUUCUCAACCAGCCAAUGUUUUGUCAUGCAGCUUGUUUUUUUAAUUUAUAAAUUCAUGUGUACAUUUGCAUAUGGAACAAGAACAAAGACUCAAAAGGUAUUUUUAUUUCUUAUUACGAAUAGGUCUCAUUUUUAUUUCAUAAUGUGAGUUCUUAAUUGUGAAUACUUGUCAUACAGGAACAGUUACAGUCUAUGAAUACCUAAUGGAUGAAUGUGACAACAACAAAUUCUAUCUCUUCCUUCCUGUUUUCUACAUGUUUCCUUAUGGUAUACCAUAAAAAAGAAUUCAGUCACAUUGUGAUGUUUUUGUCCUGGGCACUUGCUGGAAUUAUUUGUUAAGGUGGUGUGGCAGCCCUUGAUUAUUUUUUCUUAUUUCUGAAAAGCAUUUUUUAUCAUCAUGUAAGUUUAUUCCUAUGUAACAUUGUCUCAUAAGUUUUCAUAAGUACUAACUUUACGCAUCCUUGCCUGAAAAUGCUGAAGUUGAGGUGUUUGUAUUUUCUCUCUAGAGUAACAGGAUCCAGAAAUGGUAACUGCUUUACAGGUGAGAAAGCAUAUAACACCUAUUUUAUAUUGUCUUCAAAGUGCAGGCUUGUCCAUUGUUAGACAUUACUAUGUAAAAUAAACCAAUGCUGUAGAAAUUCACUUGUACUUGAACUACUUGCCAAUGUAAAAAUAGUGAACUAUGCCAAAAAGAAAAAGAGAAAUCAGUUGUGAUUGAUGACACAGGCUUCUUUUGGUGACGAAAAAGGUAAAAGGACUGUAUACUCUCAGUUGCUUUUUUGCUGUAAAUUCAACAGAAUCUAAGGAGAAAAUCAUGAAGAUGUGAAUAGAGGAGCAAUUGUGAAUAACUUAGCUUGAACAACCUGCUCUUCGAGUUUUUUGUUGCUUGAUACCUUUCUCACAAAAGUUUACAGAAUUGCUUACUAUAGUCUAACAUAGCAAUCAGUUAAUGUUAUUAAGUAAUGAUCAGCUGAUUAACUCAUACAUAAAUAUUAGCUUAAUAUUUCUAGAGGGCCUAUAUAAUCAUUAAGGACUCUGUAAGCCUCAGUAUUUGAAUGUGGAAAUGGCUCUGCAGAAAACCACCAAUGUACCUCUGUGUGACCCUUGUGCAGAGUGUGUGUGAAUAGUUUAUGGCAGGUUAUCUGCAAUACAUUUUCAGGGAUGGGAAGAUUUUUCUCUAUUGUACAAAGUGGCUACAGUUAUUCUGCAUAGCACACAGCAGCUUAUAUAGGAAUAUUAGCUGGGGAGUGAUAAAAUUCAAGGAGCUGUUGCUUUGUCUUCUUCAAGCCUCCAUUUCUUUGAAGGGCAGUGCAAUGGAGCCAUGACAUGUAGCAGGUGCAGAUGCUGCACACUCAUUUUCUCUUUAUGAUGUAUUCUGUGUUGUGGCCAGCACUUUGGAGCAUUUUUUAGAGAAACUGAGGCAUGAAGCCUUUAAACUGAAAUAGAACUUGAAAUCACCAAACAUUUCACACAGACUUUUGUGCUACAAUAUUGCAUGGUAAAAUCAAUCUAAGUUUCAGUCUCAAAAAUCAAUAUUAAUUAAUCUCUUUAUUAAUUACACAUGCCAAUUACUACUUAGGUAAAACCCUGCUAGAGUAAUAGAAAGUGUGAUACAGUAGAGCAACGUUGACAAGUUGUAUGAUGCUAAGCACCUAUCUACUGCUUGAGCAGGAUCAGUAAGCAUAGAAACUUUCACUGCUCAAAGGCAGGAGCAAGAUGAGGUCUUAACUGCUAGUUAUAUAUAAUGAUACAGAAGGCAAACCCCUGCAGAGUGACACAAGGCAUUCAUUACCGCCACCAGCCACAUCCUGUCUUGGGAAAUCUGGACAUAUUCUUACCUUGAAGUCUGCAUGUUUGAAAUCAAGCUUUCUUGCAUACCUCACUAAACAGUCUUGAUGUAUAGGAAAGGAUUUGGUCCUAUAUAUUUAAAAAUAGCUUGAAAUAUUUUUCAACUGAAAAAGACUUGCUGGAGCUCUAUCAUCUACGAUUUGUAGUAUUAUGGUAUUAACUAUUGCUGGAAAAACACACAAUUUUGUUUUUAUAUAUAUAUAUAUAUAAAUGCAAAUUUGUACAUAAGUGUAUCUAAAUAUACACUUAUAUAGAUACUGUAUAUUAUAUAGAAAUAUAUAUAUACAUACGUAUGUGUGUAUAUACAUAUAGAUAGGAAGAGCUAUUCCAUCAUGUUCACUGGAAUUCAUUUGCCAGGGUGAGCCAAGGCCUCUUUUGCUUUGAUUUACUCUGGUCUCCUUUUCAUCUACUGCAAUGUCCCUAUGCCCUAAUUCUGAUUCUGUGUCUUUUUCAUAUUGCAAGGCCUGAUCCUAUAGUCCUACUGGGGCAAAACUCCCGUAAGUCCUCCCUAUUGCAGUAAUAUUUAUGCAAUGGUUGACUGUAAUGCUUCUAAAUUUUUUUUUUCUUUUUCUCUUUGAUGAGAAUAUAGAUAAAGACAGAUUUACAGUACAGUCUUUUUCCUGUAAACAGAAUUGGACAUUUUUAUGGAACACUAAAGAGGCAUAAAUUCUGGUAAGAAGAAUGUGAUUAUUCCAAUUUCUUAAAAGGGUCUAAUGGAAAACCAACAAUAUGUGCCUCCAGUUUUUAAAUAUAUCUUAAAUGAGAGAGUAGUCUUCGGAAAAGGAAUAGGAGAAUAAAAGCUCAUUGUCAAGCUCUUUCUCUGUAUAGGCCCACAAUAUGUGUAUUUUUUCGUGCAGGACUGAUGCUGUGUGGUGACAAGAGCCAUGUCUGUCUUGUCAUUCUCAGUGAGUCAGGGUCUGCUUAGGUUAACACCAAGAUUCCUGUGGUGCAUUCUCUGUUUGCUUUUCCACUUUUAGGAAUGGUCAGAGAACUGUUGGCUGGAUAAAGACCUUGAUGUUUAUCCAUUAUUCCUCUCUUCAGCUGGUAAAAGCUUUGGGUGCUCAUUGGAUGGUGAACAUGGCAGUGCUAGGUUAGCAGUAGAACUUGGAUCUUGGGGGUGUUUUCCAACCUUGAUGAUUCUAUGAUUCCUCUUCCUGAAAUUUAUAGAAUGGGGCAUAAUAUUUUUAUUCAACUUCUUUACAUAAUCAAGUAGGCGGUGAAUGGAUGGGGUUUGUUUGCUGUUUUGCUUUUGGCUCAAAUGUCUUUGGUUGCAAUUAGCACAAUUUUUUGUUACCAGAAAUGCUGGUAAAAGGAAAUGAGGUUCAAUGUUUUGACUACAUGCAAUACACAGGCAUAGGUCAUACAUUUCUUAGCUAAUCAAAUUGCAUACACAUGCACGUCACAUAAGAGUACCUCGCCUGUCUGCUUGAAGGCAGUCUUCCUUUUCCCUACACAUAAUAUUUGUGAAAAAGAAAUUAUAGAAAGUCAGCCUGGAUUAUAUAAUAAUUGUCAGGAAUUGUCAUAAGAUAUUGUCAAUUGCCAAAAAGUUUUUAUCAGUCAUUUUUAUGUGUUUAAGUAAUCAGGCUUUUAGAUAUUUAUCUUUAAGGAGAGGUUUUUGUUUGGUUGGGUUUUUUAAGGAAAAAUGUACAGGAAUCCAUUGUUUCAAAGAUUGAUGUACUAACUUUGCAAUGACUCUUGCCAUCCAGGUUUGAGCAGGUAGGCUGAUUUUACUCUGCAUUGAUGAUAACACAUUCUCUCUCAACAGUAAUAAUGACAAACCCCAAUGCUAUGCUCCUGUUUCUCCUCUACAUGAAGAGCUUGGACCCAUGGGAGUUCUUGCUGUUCUUGUGCAGGUGAAACUUCAUUAAAAUUGGAAUAGGGUCUUGUUUUGUUAAGGCUCUUUCUCCUGAUUAGGGACUGGAAGGAUAAACAUAUUCUAUAAAUACCAAAUUUGCAGUUGCUGAAUUUAUAUUGGAAAUUGCUUAUUUUUAAUUGUUAUUAUUAUGACAUGACAUGCCUAUGGAUCUCUCCUUUUCUAUCAGAAUUACUGUUGAGAGCCAGCUUUGGCCAAGAGUACAAUGUGGUUUCUUUUAAAACAAUACCACAAGUGGGCUACUCAUGUGACGUCCUAAUCAUCCACAAGUGUCUGUGGGAAUUCAGCUGCAAUUAAUUUGAUGUUUGUUUUGAGAUCACUUGAUCUUUGACCUUUUAUGUAAAAGGUCUAUGGUAACAGCACAACAGCUUGCUCCAAAAGAUGCAGUAUAAUUAGUGGUCUGUCUAGUUUCAAAUCCUUUUAAACCCAUAUCUGCUGCAUGGCAGGCAAGGUUAUAAAGGUUUGAUGCAAAAUGAAGUAGGUUUUUUGGACAAUUUCACAUCUUUUCCCUGACUGAGGAUCUGAAUGUGUUGCCAAGCAGCCUUCUCUGCAUCCUCUUUACCUUGGCUAGAAAGCACGAUUGCAAAUUCUUCCCCAGCUUUUAACUUUCUUUACUAUAGAGUCAGCCCAGACUGAAGUUGCAGUGCUAGAGCUAACAGAUGCUAAUUUUCAAAUGCUUUCCUAUGAAUAUCCAAACUAGUAAAUUAAGGAAAUCACCAGCAAUGCCUUCAGACAAGUACUGACUUUUUGAAGUGGCCAACCAAUGGCUGCUAAUCUAAAACCUCUGGGCAAUACCACAAAGAAUUAAAUCUGUGUAUUAAUUAAAAAUACAAUGUUGGCAACCCCAUAAGAAAUCAAGUACUCAAUAGCAAAGUCUGCAGUAUGAUUAAAUUAAAUGGAAAGCAGUUCCAAGAUUGUUUUUUACCAUUGAGGAAGACAAAUGUUGAGUCCUUCAAAUUCUCUUACUCUGUAAUUGCAGUUCUCUUCCCCUCCUUGGAAAUCUUCUCAGCCAUUCUUUUCAUUUAAGUUUGCUCAGGCACCAAGAGCAUAAAGAGUUAAUGCCCUUGUAAUGUCAUUUGUACAUAAAGUUGUAAUUAUUUAUUUUCUCAUUUGUACCAUAUCAAGGCUUUGUACAAUGUUUAAGUUUUGUUUUCAAAUUAUUUUGUAUUUUAUUUUUAUAAACUGGUUCUAAAUAAAAUAUUCAUUCAGCAUGCAAAACUUCAA